GCUGCCGUCCUCUACUUGGACCUGUGCAACUACACGGAGCUCAGCUCAAAGAUGGAAGUCAUGCAGCUCGCCAUGCUCGUUCACUCUGUAUUCUCCCGCUUUGACUCGGCGGUCCAGACGCGUCAGCUCUUCAAGAUGGACACGAUAGGAGACGCAUACGUGUGCGCGUGCUGGGUGGACGGAGAGAGCGAGCGGGAGGUUUGUCAGAGGAUGGUUGCCCUCGCGUCCGACAUGAUCGACAUCGUCGAGCAGGCAGGUCUUGACUUCCACGUCCCCCUCGCCUGCCGCAUCGGCAUCGCCAUGGGGUCCUGCCUGGCAGGGACGGUGGGGCUGCUGCAGCCGAGGUACCAGCUCAUGGGGGAGGCGGUGGAGGAGGCGCACAGGCUGGAGAGCACAGCGAGGCAGCAGGGGAUAAACAUCAGCGACGAAGUCGGUCGAGUGCUGCGG